AUGGCCAUGCUCAAGAUCGCUGCCCGGAGUUUGCAGAGGAGAUUUUUGCGCCCGAAGGCGGAACUGAAGGAGGGUCACUUUGCUGUUUUGGCCACCCAUGAGGCGAAUUCAAAGAGAUUCCUGGUGCCGCUAUGUUGCCUAAGCAACCCAGCCUUUGUGAGGCUGCUAGAUGAAGCCCAGGAAGAGAAGAAGGAUAACUUCCACUACCUCAAUCCAUCAACUACUUUUGAGGGUGCAAUAUUGCAGCAUAAGAUGGUGGUGCUUAAGAAUAUUGCUCAAAAUUUGCAGAGGAAAUUUUUGCGAUCAAGUGGAGAAAUGAAGGAGGGUCACUUUGCUGUCAUGGCCUCCCUGGAUGGCAAUUCAAAGAGGUUCAUGGUGCCGCUCAGUUGCUUGAGCAAACCUGCUUUCGUGAGGCUGUUAGACGAGGCUGAGGAGGAAUAUGGCUUUUCUCAUCGGAACAUCCUUACCGUGCCCUGUGAUCCAACUGAACUUGAGAGAAUAUUGGCAGGGGAUUGGAGGAAAGACUACUGA